CCAUGAUGAGUCGAGGUUGGUUGGUAUUGGCGUUGGUAGCUGUGAUUGCUUUGGUUUCUGCCGAUGAUAUGAACAUGGACAUGGGGGAACCCGUGGAGUUUCACCCGGUGAAUGCUGGGUCCAAAAGUUUCCAUAUGGUUGUUAGUGCAGCCGUUUUAUUAGUGCUUUCAUCGAUUUCAGCGUGUUUGGCUAUGGCCAAUCGUGUUCACGUAUCGUUAGUCUUGCAAUUUGUUAGCACUGGAUAUUCAGUAUUUGAAUCAUUAUUUCUUGAUUUCCCUGAUUCGGAUAAUCAUGAAAAUAGAACUUCCAAAGGAACUAGUUGGUUUCUUAGUUUACUUUUGGGAUUGACAGUUUUCGUGGGCAGUUUUAUCAAUGGGUCCAAUGCUAUAAUCAACAAGUUUUACCCCCAUUUACAAUCAAGAGGUGAAUACGGGGUAUCUUAUAAAAUAUAUAAAGUAUGCUCUAUCUUGACGGUUUUAACCGGUUGGGUUAGAGUUUGUUUGGCUCCAAUUGCUUUGUUUGGUUUCUGCUACGGCAAACACACUGGUCAGUGUAUUGCACAUGGUAUAAUGGGAUCUUCAUUUAUAUUCUACGGGUUUAUUUUGGCCUUGGUUUUGGUUGUUCCCUGGAUUAGAAAUCACCAUUUACAUAAUCCAAGUAGCAGAUCCCAGGAGUUUUACGACUCAAGCAUCAUGUGCUUAUGGGGGAUCGUAAACACUUUCACCGAACAUCGCUGGGGCCGUGAAGGCUGGUCCCAUGGAGAUUACCAACACACUGCAAUGGGGAUCAUUUGGUGGUGCGGAGGUCUCUUGGGAAUGUGGUUAACUCGUAAGAAUAACGUUCGUUCGUUCAUUCCUGCUUUUCUUCUUAUUUUCACUGGUUAUGCCAUGUCUCAGCACGCCCAGCAUCUUGAAAUCUCCACCAAAGUUCAUGCUUUAUUUGGUAUCGUACUAAUGGGUGCUGGUGUUACUCGUAUUAUUGAAAUUUCAAUCGUAUUACAAGAUUUGGCUAGUUCGACCUCUGGUAAAAUCCUUUCUUUCCAACAUUUACCUCCAUUGUGUCUUGUUUUAUCAGGAAUCUUAUUCAUGUCGGCAAACGAAGAACAAUUAAUCUUGGUCAAAGAUUUAGGUGCUGAUCAUUCUGCUUAUAUCAUGGUUGUUGUCGGUGCUGGCUUCAUGAUUUACUUAUGGAUGAUCAUCUUAUUAAGCUUCUACUUAAGAUUGGUGGGAUACAAUGAAAACGGAGAAUUAUCCCAACAGUCAUAUCACCAGGUCAGUUCAAACGAAGCUCAAGAAUUCGAGUUGAGUGACCUUAGUGAUCAUGAAGAAAGAACUCCAUAAUUUGCAGCCGCUCCUAUUCUUAUGUACUUAUAUAUAACAUUACACCGAAUAUAACCUUUCUAUCUACUUAUUCCUUCAGUUUACAUACUUCCUCUAUUCACAUAUGUCUCUUAAACAUUUC